AUGCCGCCAGUUGCAACCGAAUCCACCAGCGCAUACACGCAGGAGCCUGUUGCGAGCUCGACGGCGCAUACGGGCAAGCUGGCGACGAUUGAUUUGUCCGAAUACGACCCGGAGCAGUCCAAGCUGAUGGAUGAACGAUGCAUUGUCGUCGACGAAAACGACAAUGCGAUUGGGGCGCUCGACAAAAAGACUUGCCACUUGAUGCAAAAUAUCAAUAAGGGUUUGCUUCAUCGCGCGUUCAGCGCGUUUGUGUUCAGGCCAGAAGAUGGAAAGUUGCUUCUCCAGCAGCGCGCGACGGAGAAGAUUACGUUCCCGGAUAUGUGGACGAAUACAUGUUGUUCACAUCCAUUGGACGACUUUGAAGAGGAGAAGAUUGAAAAGGACCAACUCGGCGUGCGAGUCGCUGCAAGCCGAAAGCUCGAGCACGAACUCGGCAUUCCAAAGUCUCAGACACCUAUCGACAAGUUUCAGUAUCUGACCAGGAUACACUAUCUUGCUCCGUGUGGAGAUGGCGUGUGGGGAGAACACGAGAUCGACUACAUCCUCUUCCUCACUGCAAAUGUAGACGUGACACCCAACCUGAACGAAAUUCGCGACUACAAAUACGUUGACAAGCAAGAACUUAUUUCCAUGUUCGACAGUCCACAGAAUAGCUUUACGCCUUGGUUCAAGUUGAUUGCACGCGACUUUUUGUUUGGCUGGUGGGACGAGCUCCUGAAGCGCAAAACCACGGACGGGCUCGUUGAUGCACAGUCGCUUGUAGGCGUUGCUGACGGGACCAAGGUCAUUAAGAUGGUGUAA